UCGAACGUGUUUUUUAAUAAGCAAGAACUGAAUUAAGCGAAAACAUCAAUUAAAUAAGCUGAACAGGGUGUUCUAAAGAAUCACACGGGAAUUAAGCGUAAAAAAAGAUGGCAGACGCGGAAGAAUACUUUCCGCGAGGUGGAAAGAAGCCUACCGGUGCACAUUUUAAGCAGAGUGGCAACUUUUUAGGUGUUGCAGAAAAAGCAGAAAAAAAGAAGAAAAAACCUAAGAAAAAGUCUGAGGGUGAUGACGGAUAUCUGUCUGACGAAGCCCAAGAUUAUUUGAAAACACACAAGUUAAAUAAUAAUUUAAUUUUCCUAAGUGCUAAGAGUUUAAGGCCUGGAAUAAAUUUACUUGGCAGGGUGAUUCAUGUAUCCGAUGUCAAAAUAAAAGUAUCGAUGCCUUGCAAACUAUUGGGCAAUGUCAUGGCAUGUCACAUCAGCGAGUCUUAUAAUAAGCUACUCGAAGCUUAUGUUGAAGAUAAGACUGAAAAAGUUCGUGAAUUGUCCCAAAUGUUCAAACCGGGUCAGUACAUAGCUGUGAGUGUAGUGGAACUGGCACCUGGCAACACCAUGCUGACGACCAUGCCUCAACACAUAAACAGUGGAAAACGACAUACCGAUAUUAAGAAAGGUGCCAUAUUCCAAGCAGCAGUGUCAUCAGUUGAAGAUCACGGGUAUGUAAUGGACCUCGGCAUACCUAACACAACAGCGUUCCUGCCGAAGAAAGAUGCCAAUCCCGAAAUAGACCUUGACACGGGCAUGGUGUGCUGGUGCGCCGUGAAGUCGGUGAAGCAGACCGCGGACAGCAGCGUGGUGGCGCUGGGCGCGGCGCCGGACUGUCUGCAGGCGGCGCGGCUACAGCACAAGCCCGACUCGCAACUGCUGCCCGGCAACGCCCUCCACUUCACCGUCGACAGCGCCGUAGACAACGGAGUCAAAGGUUUCGUGUUCGACGAUGUGCAGGCGUGCGUGCUGCGGCAACACUUAGAUAAGGGCAAAGCGAAGAGACCGGCGGUCGGGCAGAAGGUAACCGCCCGUGUGCUGUUUGUGAUGCCACCGAGGAACAUGCCCUAUCUGACGCUGAAGAACGUUUUCGAGACCACGUACCCUGACCUCGAGCAGGAGAGGAAAUACAAGGAUGGGGACAUCAUUGAGGAGGCGCAGGUAUUAAAGAUAACAGGAAGAUCGGUACAUAUGAAGUUGGACCACGGAUGUACCGCUGUGAUGAGCAUCAAGAGAAUUGAUAUCGAAGAGGAAAUGACGGACGAAGAAGUCAUUGCCAAAUCAUAUCCUGUUGGCAGCACCCACAGAGUGAGGGUCCUCAACUACAAUCUAUCUGACUACUUCUAUUCCGUGACGGAUGAUCCCAGUGUUGUCAACGAGAAGUACUUCACCAUGGAGCAGCUGUCCGUCGGCGAGAUAGUCGACGGUCACGUGAAGACAGUCACCGACUCAUACAUCCUGGUCUCCCUGGGGAGGAUACACGGCUACGUCGGCCUCAACCACCUGACGGACGCCGGCGUGCUGCUGGACCCUCGCCAGGGCUCCAAUCCGAAGCUCACCAAAAAGUUUAAGGUGGGACAGCAGGUCCGCGCGAGGGUGCUGUCCGUGGACCCUGCCAAGCCGGCCCUCAUGUUGACCCUGAAGCCGUCCCUCCUCGCAGCCGACCUCGACGUGCUGCAGCGCCACGACCAGGCCGUCAUCGGGAAGGUGUACACCGGGGUCAUAUACGCGAUCCGGGACUAUAUACUGGUGUCGUUCUUCAACAACCUUAUGGCGUACGUUCCGAAGACGAUGGUCUCGGUCGAGCCGAUAGAGAACCUAACCGAGGCCUUCCAUGUCGGACAGAUUGUAAGUGCUUGGAAUCGGCUGCUCAUGGCAACCAUAGACCUAUAUAAAAUAGGCGGGGCGGUGGUACCUACCCAUUUAUUUAUUUGACAGAGAAAACGUAAAGCCAAAGAGAAGCACGAUUCAAUCGGAGAAGAGAAGGAAACCGAAGACGAGGGAGCAACACAAAUUAAUGAGGAAGAAGAUAAACCAAAAAAUAAACAGACAUUAGCGAGCGGAGACGCUCCUGGCAAAAAGAAGAAAAAGAAGAAAGAUAAUAGAGUAGACGGAGAGAUGAAUGGGAGGACAGAAGGAAAGACAUCCGAGGAGAGUGACGCCAUAGACACUGACUUAUCCGAGGAGUGCGAGCAGGUGUUGACUCCGGAGGACCUGGCGCUGCUCGACCUCAGCCAGUGCCGCACCAAGAGGCAGUACAAGAAGAGGAUCGAUGCUAUAUUGAAUGCGGUUAGCGAAAUACACAGCGGCAUUCCAUUACUUGAGGAGAAAAUCGCAAAAAUAGAAGCCAAAGGUUUGACGACGAAAAAUAAAAUGUUGCACACCGCGCUGCACUCCGAGAAACUGAUCAACGAGGAACGCGCCAAGAAACUUAACCAAGGUCUGGAGACGGCUCGACGCGCGCUCGCCGACCUGCGCGCCGAACCUCACAACAACCACACCAAGCAAACCGACGACGUACAACCCGAAGUGAAAGAGAACAUUGAAAAUGAAAACAUACAAAAGAAAAUCGAUAAAAAACGUAAGGCAAAUAAAGAGAACAAAAACGCUAAAGAUGAAACAGAAGUACGCGAUAAGAAGAGAAAAGGAACAGAAGGUGUCCGGAAAACAGAAGAUAGCAAGACAGAUCAGGGGAGGAAGGGACGAGGGGAGCCGGCGGAGAAAAGACGAACCGUGAAUGUCACUGAGGAGCUGCGGCCCGUCCUGCAAGCGCCCAGCGCCAAGGACUUCUGGAGUGGGACACUUGACAGUGGGAAGACCCUGCAGGACCAGCAGUCCAGCAGCAGCGAUGAUGAGGAAAAGGAACAACCGAAGAAGAAACGAAAGAAGCUGUCAGUUGCGGAGAAGCUAGCCAAGGCGCGGGAGGAAGAGGAACGUCUCCGGGAAAUGGAGAAAAGAGCAAUAGAGAGUGACGCCCAGCCGCGCUCCGCCGACCACUUCCAACGAGCACUCCUCGCCAACCCCUCCGCCAGCCAACUGUGGAUAGCCUACAUGGCGUUCCACCUGCAGGCUACUGAGAUAGAGAAGGCCCGUGCCGUGGCCAGGAAGGCGCUCAGUACAAUCUGUUUCCGUGAAGAAGAUGAGAAGCUGAACGUGUGGCUGGCACUCAUCAACCUCGAGAACAGAUUCGGCACUAAGGAGUCUCAACAGAAGACUUUAGAGGAAGCUUUGCAGAUGAACGACACUUUCAAAGUCCACUCCAAGCUGCUGGACAUAUAUGUGGACACUGGCAAGCAACAGGAACUCUCCGCGCUCGUCGACCUCAUGCUAAGGAAAUACAAAAGGGAUCCAAAAACUUAUACGCUGUGCGGGACAGCCUGCUACAAACUGAAUCUCAAAGAGAAAGCGAGAUACGUUAUGCAGAAAGCGUUGAACGUUUUGGAGAAGAAAGAACAUGUACAAGUGUUGGUGCAGUUCGCCCUGCUAGAGCGAGACCGCGGCGAGCGAGAGCGCGCUGAAGCCUUACUCGAACAAGUACUCGCUGUUUACCCGCAACGCGUCGACGUGUGUGCCGUGUACGUCGAUAUGCUCGUUAAGGAAAACGAUAUCGAACGCGUUAGACAAGUUAUGGAACGCAUCACGUCCCAUCAGUUGCCAGCUAGAAAAAUGAAAGUUCUCUAUAAAAAAUGGAUUGAAGUCGAAGAGAAGAUCGGUGAUGAAGGGAAAGCGGAGAUAAUCCGACAGCGCGCCAUAGAAUAUGUAGAAAAAGCAAAGUUCUAAUCAAUAAAUUUUA